AUACAAUUUUCCUGGAAAAUAGCUCCCCUUUUAUUUUUUCUCGGGGAAAUCCUUCUUCUCUCUCUCUUCCGAUCCGAUUUCAGUUUUAGCUUUGCAGGAGAGGGAGGGAGGGAGGGAGAGGGAGAGAGCGAGUGUGAUAUUGAUUUGCGUACAUUUGGUAUUGAUCUGCGAUGGGGAAGGCGACGGUGUACGCGGCGGCGGUCGGCGCGGCGGCGGUGUGCGCUGUAGCAGCUCUGGUGGUGCGCCACCGUAUGCGAAGGUCGGGGCGGUGGGCCAAGGCGCUUGCAAUGGUCAAGGAGCUGGAGGAGAAGUGUGCUACCCCUCUCGGGAAGCUCCGGCAGGUCGCCGACGCCAUGGCCGUCGAGAUGCACGCCGGACUCGCUUCCGAGGGCGGUAGCAAGCUUAAAAUGCUCAUUACCUUUGUCGACAGCCUCCCCACAGGAGAUGAGAAAGGUUUGUUUUAUGCAUUGGACCUAGGUGGCACCAACUUUCGCGUCAUGCGUGUGCAAUUGGGUGGGAAAGACAAGCAUGUUGUUAAAAAUGAAUUUGAAGAAGUUUCAAUUCCUCCGGAAUUGAUGGUUGGGACUUCAGAUGCAUUAUUCGAUUUUAUUGCCAAUGCACUCAAGAAAUUUGUUGACACGGAAGGUGAAGGUUUUCACCUUUCACCUGGUAGACAAAGGGAGCUGGGUUUCACAUUUUCAUUCCCAGUUAGGCAGUCAUCAAUUGCAUCAGGGACUCUGAUUAGGUGGACAAAGGGCUUCUCUAUUCAAAAUUCAGAUGGACAAGAUGUUGUGGGAGAGUUGACAAAAGCAAUGGAAAGAGCUGGUCUUGAUAUGCGUGUAUCUGCUUUGGUCAAUGAUACAGUUGGAACAUUGGCAGGAGGCAGGUAUGAGAAUCCAAAUGUCAUUGCUGGUGUCAUUUUGGGUACUGGAACCAAUGCAGCAUAUGUGGAAAGGGCAAAUGCAAUACCUAAGUGGCACGGUCUAUUGCCUAAAUCAGGAGAGAUGGUUAUCAACAUGGAGUGGGGUAACUUCAGGUCGUCCCAUCUUCCACUAACAGAAUAUGAUCAAGCCAUGGAUGCUGAGAGUUUGAACCCUGGCGAACAGAUAUUUGAGAAGAUUGUUUCUGGCAUGUACUUAGGUGAAAUUUUGCGCAGAGUUCUGUGCAAGAUGGCUGAAGAAGUUGCCUUCUUUGGUGAUACAGUACCCCCAAAACUGAAAAUUCCAUAUGUAUUAAGGACCCCCGUUAUGUCAGCAAUGCAUCAUGAUAUUUCCCCUGAUCUCAAAGUGGUCGCAAGCAAGCUAAAGGAUAUCCUAGAGAUAUCAAAUACUUCACUCAAGACAAGAGAAGUAAUAGUUGAGCUCUGUGACAUCAUUGCCAUUCGUGGAGCUCGCCUUUCUGCAGCUGCUAUUGCAGGAAUCAUCAAAAAAUUGGGGAGAGACACAAUGAAGGACGGGGAGAAUCUGAGAUCAGUUGUAGCCAUGGAUGGCGGGCUGUAUGAGCACUAUACAAAAUUCAGAAAUUCUCUGGAGAGCACUGUCAAGGAGUUGAUGGGGGACGCAUCUGAUCACGUUUCCAUUGAGCAUUCCAAUGAUGGGUCUGGAUGUGGAGCUGCCCUUCUAGCAGCCUCAAACUCCCAGUAUCUUGAGGUCGAGGAGUCUUGAUUACGGUUAAAGGAGCUUGACGUUUAUAAUUUUGUUUUUUUAUUUCUUCCUUUUUCUCUUUCUUGCAUAACCUCCUUUCCGUGUCCUAGUUCAAAAGCUGGUACAGGGAGAUCUUUAAUAUAUGGCCCCGCUGCAGAGCAAUGGAUUGAAUGUGUUACGCUUGCCUUGCUCUGCAUCUUUCCCACUGCCGGCAAAAUUGUCUUUGUGCCAGUGUAACUUUAUUUUCAAAUGAGUUGGACAAUAAAAAUGGGGCAUUAGUAUUGUUUCU